CGGUCUACUAUAACACAUGUUGUUCAAAAUGGCGACGGUCAGCCUCCUGCGAAACAUUAGAACCGGUCAGAAAUUAUCUUCUUUUUAUCUCUUACAAGGAGAGAUUGCUCGUCCGAACAGAUGCAAAACAUGCAGAAGUGUGUCAACUAGCAGAAUAUCGACUUUUUCGACUUUUUCAAAACCUAAAAGCGAUAGUUUUAAAGAUAAAUUUGGAGGAGGCUUACAGCAUCAUGAGUUUAUCCGUGGAUUGAGCAGAAACAUACACACAAGUACAACAGCAUUGUCAGGAAAGAGAGAUUUCUAUCAAGUACUGGGGGUUCCUAAAACAGCAACUCAGAAAGAAAUCAAGAAAGCUUAUUAUGAGUUGGCCAAGAAAUACCACCCUGAUAGGAACAAGGAGAACCCUGAUGCAUCCAAGAAGUUUGCUGAAGUUGCAGAAGCAUAUGAGGUUAUAGGAGAUGAAGGUCGGAGGAAAGAAUAUGACAUGGUAGGUCAAGCUGGUUUUGGAGCUGGUGGAAUGGGUGGUGGGGCUGGUGGCUUCCAGGGACAGUGGCAACAAUCAACCAUGGAUCCAGAGGAACUCUUCCGGAGGAUCUUUGGCAAUCAGGCUUUUGACCGAGGUGGCAUGUUUGACGAGUCAAUGUUUGGUGGAUUCAAUGCUGCUCAUGAGGUGGCCAUGGAUUUGACGUUCAGUGAAGCAGCCAGAGGUGUGAACAAGGAGAUAAACGUUAAGAUGGAGGAUAGGUGUGAACGAUGCAAGGGAUCUCGUGCUGAACCAGGAACAAAAACAUCAAAGUGUCAUCAGUGCAAUGGAACAGGACAGGAAACUGUGAACACAGGACCAUUUGUGAUGAGAACAACAUGUCGGCGUUGCCGUGGUACUCGAGUAAUCAUCAAUGUUCCAUGUAUAGUGUGUAGAGGAGCAGGACAGACCAUGCAAAGAAAGAAAGUAGUUGUUCCAGUACCAGCAGGUGUUGAAGAUGGUCAAACAGUAAGAAUGCCUGUUGGUAGUCAAGAGUUAUUCAUCACGUUCCGUGUUGCUAGGAGUAACCAAUUUAGAAGAGAUGGAGCAGACAUACAUUCAGAUGCUACCAUCAGCUACACUCAGGCUGCUCUUGGUGGUACAUGCAAGAUCAAGGGAAUCUAUGAUACUAUUACACUCAAUAUUCCACCUGGCACCCAUUCUCAUGCUAGGAUACGUCUACCAGGUAAAGGCAUUAGUCGUGUCAAUGGCUACGGGUUUGGAGAUCAUCAUGUUCAUAUCAAGAUCAAGGUCCCUACAUCUUUGGGAGAUAAACAGAAGGCACUACUAAUGGCGUAUGCUGAGGAAGAAUCAGGAGUAACAGGGACAGUCAAUGGACUUAGUAAAACACAGGAUGCCCAAAAAGCUAAAGAUGAGCCUUUAGAUGAGAGUGAUGAAGAGAAAGAACCAGGCUUCUUUGGAAGAUUACUAGACAGAAUCAGAGGAAAUUAAUCAUGACAUCAUGGCAGAACUUUCUAGGAGCCAACAUUGUGACUGACGACCCGCAGGGCAUGGUGGGAAGGAUCCGUCUUGGUCUAAACACUCCUAAUUCUCAAGAGUUUGCCACAAAGGUAGCAGAUGAUAUCAAUGAGAAAGAAGAUGAUACCAAAAGAUCCAGCAAAUCCUGAAACCCUCAGACAUUUUAGAUGCAUAUCCAAUCACAAUUAACUUGUUCAUCAUUGUGAUGGGCCAGAAGAGAGAAGGGAUAUUGUCUUCAACUAUGGCAAACUGGAUCAAUUGCACUGAUUGAAUUGAAUUAUGGCAAGCCAUUUGUGCGGGAUGUGUGUCACAAUAUCCUAGACACUAUUUUAAACCGUGACAAGUCAUCAAUUUCUUUAAUUUAAUUCAAUUAUGGCAGGCUAUCUAUUUAGGUGGUGUGUUGCAAAGUCCUAAAAAUUGUUUCUAACGUAUGGGAAACCAUUUGUGUAGGAGGUCUGUCACAAAGGACUCCAACUAUGGCAAGCCAUCCAUGCCAUUAUUUUUUCUCAAUAUUCCUGGUAUUGGUCAAGUGCAAGUCAUAACACUAAUUAUCAGAUAUUGCAAGUUUAUGGUCCAUUAAAGGAAUUAAAAAAAAAUGCACAUACUUUCAAAGAAUGAUAGUUGGUGUAAUUUCAUGCAUGAAGAGCCUGUCAUAGGAAAAUGGAAUCUCAGUUCUUUUUAUUCUUGGAAAUAGGAUCCCCAGCUGAUGGUGGUAUUGAUCGAGUGAAGACCUUGGCCCUGUCUUACAAAGAGUUGCAAUUGAUCCAAUCAACCACAGCUAUGGAAAGCCAGCAAUGUCAACAUUUUCACUGCAUGUUUGUUCAAAACAUUUUCUAGAUAUGAUGUAUAUUCAUACAUUUAUUGUUUUCUUGAAAAUUCAUUGUGCUCCUCUUUGUUUACAAAGGAAUUUGUGCAAAUUUCCUGGAGUAAUAAUUAUGACAUUGAUGGAUUUCCAUAUAGCUGAGGUUGAUGGGAUCAAUCGUAACUCUUUGUAAGAUGGGGCCUGGAUGUGUAAUAAAAUGCUUCAUGAACCUGGGAGCGUUUUACAAAGAGUUAAGUAUGACUUAAGAGUUGUACUUACAUGUCCAGUUGCAUGCCGGUCAAAGGCAUCACUGCAUUGGUCAAAUUAAAUUCUAAUAGGAUGCGCGCUACUGCGUAUUGAUAAUAUUGCAUGUUACAUAUUAUGUGCGCAUCAGCACUAAGCAUGACUCUAAAUCAUACUUGUAAAACACCCCCGGUAACAAUCUAAAUUGUUAUUAUCCAGUGUAAGAAAAAUUGGUCAAUAUCCCGAGGUGUGGAACUAGAAUAGAAGACUGACUGGAUCUUGGUGAAUUUAUGAGGAGUGUAUAGAGAAAGGUAUACAUUGGAAUUCACAUUCAUUAUUUUUAUUUCCAAAGUCACAAGCUGCUUCUGAUGUAUAUGACAAUACUGUGUAAGGGCAGUUCCCAUGAAUAUGAUUAUUUCUAAGAGGUUCUUCCAGUUGCAAUUUCUUGAAAGGGAAAUCAAAAUAUCACAAAUUUUGCUUCCUUUCAUCACCACCCACCCAUCCAUCAACCCUCAAUCUUAUCUUGCAAUACAGUACGCACUUUAACUAUCAUUCAGUUACCAUGUCAUUCUCCAUUGUCUGAAAUAGAGCAAUAACUUAUCGUACUAAUCACUAAACAUGAUUUUACAAAAGGAAGAAGUAUGACAGCUGUGGAAAUUGAUAUUCACCAUUAACUGAUGAAAUUUUGUAUGUUUGAACCACUUGUACUCCUUUUAAGGUGCAUAUUCUUUUUCAUUGUGAUAAUAUAAUCGUACAAUAUAUUUUUAUUUAACUGUAACCAUUGGGUCAUUAUUAUGGAGAAGUUAGAAUAAGGUUACGUGAGUGGUAGAUGAAGGUUCAUAGCUGGCCAGUGAUAAUGAUGAACAUUUGGAUGUCCAUUCCUGAAUAAUGCUCCAGUCACAAUGGGUAAAUCGACUCCAUACCAACAAACUCUGCCAUGUUAUUACCUAUGACUUACCAUCAGUAGGUUUGGAGUCUAUUCCUGUUAGAUGUGACUGUAGCAUUAGGGUAUGCAGGUCUAUCAAUAUCUAUCCGUCUUACAAAGAGUAGCAAUUGAUCGGAUCAAACACAACUAUGGAAAGCCAGCUACGUCAACAUCUAAAAUGCAUGUUAAUUCAAACUAUUUUCUAGAUCUGAUAUUCAUUCAUCGUUUUUUUAAAUUUUAGUGUGCUUCUCUUUGUUAACUAAGGAUAUUAUGCAAAUUUCCUGUACAAGAAAUUAUGAUAUUGAUGGAUUUUCAUAUAAAGGUUGAUAAGAUCAAUUACAACUCUUUGUAAGACGGGGUCCUGGUUUCCUUCUGAUAAAGCAGUGCAGUAUGUUCUUAGCAUGUAUUAAAGAAUAUGAAACCAUCAUUUAACAUCCUAUCCAUAGGACACAUUAUUAUUAUUAUUAUUAUUAUUACUUAUUAUUUGUACUGCGCUUUUCCCAUUAGGCCCAAUGCGCUUACAAUGAAUUAAUUAAAUGUAAUAUUUUAAAAA